AUGAAGUUCAUCUUCCUUCUCAGCACGGCAAUCUACACUGCCACAGUGCUAGCUGCCCCGGGCGCCAUCUCGCUCAACCGCUCCUUCAAGACCCUUGCUGGCCGUGCUGACGGUGACGAUUCCAUGCACAUUGCUUGCAUCGAGUGUCCUUGCGAUGGGUUCACUGGAGCUUGCCGGUGCGUCAACAAUGGAUGCUGCUGUGAUAUGACAAACCCUGGCCAGCCACCUGCUGGAGGCUGGUGA